AUGGAGAGAAAAAAGACUAAAGGGCGUCAAAAGAUACCAAUGAACAAAAUUGAAAAUAAGGAUGCCAUGUUUGCUACAUUUACAAAGCGUCGUGAGGGUUUGUAUAAAAAAGCUAGCGAACUCGUUACAGAAUGCGAUGUUGACAUUGGAAUAAUGAUGAUUUCCCCUGCUGGUAAACCUCACUCAUUUUUUCAUCCUACAGUUGAUGCAGUUAUUUCUCGAUUUCAGAAUCCUAAUAUACAGUUAAGUGAAAGUACAAAUCUAGAAGCAAAUGCUGCUAGAGAUGAAGUGAAUCAACUCAAAAAUAAGCUUAAAGAACUUGAUGUCGUUGAAGACAUUGCGAUUGCUAAAAGUAGCUCUUAUGACCAAAUGACGGAAACAAGACAAAAAGGUUGGUGGGAGUCGAUUGAGCAGCUCAGUGCAGAUGAAGUGUUCAUAUUUGGAACUUGGUUAAAUGAAACUAGUUCUAAUAUGCACCAUCGUUUGAAUCAAUUAGAAAUUGAAGUUUCAUCCUCAACGAUAUAUGAAUCUUUUGGAGUGUGA